CAAAGUCUUAGAAAAGGCAUUUCAAAAAAAAGAGUUUUCAAACUUUACUUGACACUCAGCUGUGCGUCACAGACCCAAAUAGCUUGGGACUUUCCACAGCCGAUGUUUACGCACAGCUGUUUUGGGUUUUCUUAUAACGCUCCCGAUGGCCGAAAGCACAGACAGGAUCCGCUGUUUCUCGCCGUGGAAGUGAUUGUGUGCAUCCAGCUGAUCGGUGGCUGCUGGGAAGGUGUGCCUGAGAUGAGAUGGAUUGACAUUUCCAAUGGAGCGUCUGUGGCUGCUUGCUAGUUUAUGUCAGGUGGCCUUGCUGACCUGCGAACAGCAUUCUAAUCCUGUUGAGGUUGAAGUCGUGUUUCAGCCCUUCCCAGGAACAGACAGCUACACCAUCACCUGCAGACCUGCAAGCAGCCAUCUGGUGUAUGUGGAGCUCAUCUAUCACUCAGCAUGCUCUCCAGACUGCAAGAUAUCGUUGCGAAUGGCUGAGGACCAAAAGGGUUAUAGCAUCACGCUGAGAGCCAGCAGGAAUGAUAUCAUGCUUGAGGCGAAGACCUUUCACUUUAUUCCAGUGUCCCUGUCCUCCUUUCAUGUGCACGGCACAACCACCACUGCCCUCUUGAAAUGGAAAAUUCACAGGCAUCAGAUGCUAUCCUCCUUGAGUCUAUACAACGCGCACACACAGUCCGUGACCCACACUUUCAACAUAAACGCCUCAGAGAUAAAGUCUCAGCACACAGUGGAAGGUCUCCCGCCCGGCACACGCUUCAAGGUUGAAGCCGCGGUGACUUCGGUCCUCAAAGAGUAUAAUGUGACCUUGAAGCAGAAACUCAGCACUUUUAUGGAAACAGCUCGGUGCCCACCUGGCUGGUUGGCCCACGGGAGAAGCUGCUACACUGUGAGAAGGACAGCUUUGACCUGGAGUGACGCCCAGCACAGCUGCUCCGACCUGGCAGCUGGAAGUCACCUGGCAGACCUGAAGACCCUGGAAGAUCUGCUUUUUAUGUCUUCUUAUCUCCUGACCCACGACAACCUGCUGCUGCUAUGGACUGGACUUAAUGACCAGCAGGAGGAGGGCCUACCUCUCUGGUCUGAUGGCUCAUCAUUUAACCAAACAAACAACAUGCUGACUCUGCUGCCAGCCGGCCAGACUGACUGUUUUGCCUUUCAGAGGAACGCCACCGGAUCAGGAUACUUUCUCACUCCGUUCUUCUGCAACAUCCCCUUACCCUUCAUCUGCCAGUACCAGACCCCUCUGGCUCCUGCCUCCUUCUCGUUUGACCUGGUUCAGGUGACAGAGCAACAGGUAGAGCUUCGCUGGAGUGACCUCUCGCCCUUUAACUCACUUAAUCUUUCAUCCUUCGAGAUAUUCCUCCAAUACCAAGAGAGGGAAAUUGAAGAGUCGGGUCAAGGUGAAGAACGCAGACGCAGGAAGCCACGGGACAAAAAGGGAACAAAGAGCCUGAGCAGCAUUAAAAAAAUUGUCAGCGUCCCAAUUUCCCUGUCCUCUAGAGGAGUCACCGUGGCAGGUUUAUCUCCAGGGAGCAUCUACUCUUUUACCCUUCAAGCCUCUCACCCUUCUGGCUUCAUCUGGAGCUUGGGACAAACACAAACUGCUUACACCAGACCUCUUCCCCCACAAAAUCUCACCGCUGGCCCCAUUACAGCCAGUCAGAUUACUGUUCACUGGAUGCUGUCAGAUGCACAGUAUGUGGCUGGAUGGACAUUUGUUGUGCGCUAUGAGGACUUGUCUUCAAGACGGGAUAAUAUAGUUGGAGUAAACAACAUCUCCAGGGUGUCUGAGAGCGGUGGGAUGCAGUCCUACACUGCUGUGAUUGGAGGGCUGGAAUCUCACAGGAAAUACAGGAUUGAAGUUCACACCGUCGCCAAGCACGGGAUAGAGAGCUGUGGACGAGCGCCUCUGACUGUACAGACUGCGGUGAUGGCUCCCAGCGGACUGGUGGUGUCGAGCCUGAGAGGAAACCUGACAGUCUGCUGGACCAGUCCACCUGAUGAUCCCCCAGAUGGUUAUUAUCUCACAUCCCAGCCGCUCAAUAAUCCCACUGCUUCUUCACUGUGGAUAAACCAGUCCAGCUCUGGUGCACUCUGGGUAAAUGAAUCCGUGUGUGUUCACUUGGGGACAUUUACUCCUGGUCAGACUUAUGAAGUGGGAGUCGCCACUAUGAGGGGAAAUGACAGGAGUGAGAGAUCCAGCAUCAUACACACCACAGCUCCGUUGCCGGUGCAGGUAGCAGUUCCUCUUUCAGUGGGCACAAACUACGCACAACUGUACAUUCAGCAUCCACAGCUGGGUCUGACUGAUGGGGUGAAAGUGUGUGCAUGUCCUGGAGUUUGUGACACUGCGUGUAAGGGAGUAUGCGGAUAUACAUGUGACUGGCAUUCCCUCCCUGCUGACGUUCAUACCGUAACCCUUAGCAACCUCAGUCCAGGAUCGCAGUACCAGCUCAGCGUGUACAGCACCAGCCGAGAGCAGAUCGGACCACCGUACUACACCCGGCUCAUCAGAACAAGCCUGGCUCCUCCCAGCAGAGUGAGGGAAGGCGUGGUGACUGACUCAUCCAUAGAACUGCUUUGGGAUCCGGCUGAAGGAGAAUCUCACAGCUACGAGGUCACAUGCCUCAACUGUGACCACCCACUCCAGGUGCAGAAGGUGUUAACUCAGAGUGCAGUGUUUUCUAGUCUGACUCCGGGCUUACUCUACCACUUUGCAGUGCGGACGGAGAAGGAGUCCUUCACCGACAGUUCACCGGCCACCGUCAGUAUCACUGCAGCUCCCAGCCCAGUGGAGAUCUCUCUCGUCAAUAAAACCACAUCAUCCAUAUGCAUUAGUUGGAGUAUGGUCAGGGGACUGGUGAGCGUGUUCCUCCUGUCAAUCAAAAACAGUACAUCCAUUCAAGAGCUGGUCAUCACUCAUCGGGAGCCCAGAUCACACAGCUUUGAAGGCCUCGCUUCUGGAAGCCAAUACACAGUUGAAGUGAUUACUGUUAGUGGGGAAAGAAGAAGUAAACCUGCUACGAUGAUCCUACAUACUAUCCCAGAGGCGCCACAGGAAGUGUCUCUUUCAGAACAGGCUGUGACGUCUGCGUUUGUCACCUGGAGACCACCACCAGGACAGGUGGGGGAGUACAAGCUUCUUUUUGGCCUGACGUCCACGGACAGGGAGUCAUGGGGUCAGGUGGCGGUCAAGGGCACAAGUUUUGAGAUCAGGGAUUUGAUUCCGGGUUCAGACUACGGUGUCAUCAUUCAGAGUGUGUUGGGCUCAGACACAAGCCAGGCGGCCCACAAAGAGUUGAGCACACGCCCAGCAGGAGUUUGCGGCCUUCAUUUAGAUAACGUGAACUCUUCCUCUGUCUUUGUGAGCUGGGACCGUGCGCAGGGAGACUUUGACUUCCACAGAGUCAAUGUGACCAACACUUCAGUCACAAACACAAUCACUAUACCCAAAGAGGAGCGGGUUGCCGUGGUUACGGGGCUGCUGGACGGCUGCAGCUACAACGUGAGCGCCGAGAGAGUGAGAGGAGGGACAAUAGGAGUCGCUGCCUUUCUGACUGUAACCACAGUGCCAGCCCGUGUGCAGAAAGUACGUGUCGUGAAUGUAUCUGCACGUGCGUUCUCGUUGCGCUGGGAGCAGGCAGCUGGUUGUGUGGAUCAUUACCAAGUGAAGCUGCUACCGAACCAGGGAAGAGUCACAGUUCACCCUGCACGUGAUGGACACGUUCAGGCCGACGUGGUGAAUGUCAGUCCAGGGACACAGUACACUGUAACAGUCACAGCUGCCGUCUCCUCCAACAUCAGCCCCGGAGUCAGCCGCAUGAUCAAUACUAAUGAGAGCUUACCCGGGACCCCUUAUGCCCUAGAGGGAGAAGCUGUGGGCUCUAAUGGUAUUCUGCUCUCCUGGACAAUGCCGUCUGAUACCAGAAAUAUCGAGUCAUAUGCCAUCAGGUACAAGGAGGUGUGUCCCUACCCCGAUCCCGUUUUCUCACAGGUGAUGAGGUUACCGGAUGCACCAGAGACUCUGCUCACUGACUUCACUUCAGGUUCUACGUACAACAUCAAGGUAGCUGCUAUAUCUUCAGCUGGAACAGGAGAAUUCAGCAAGUCUUUAUACAUAAAGACAGCUGAGUCCCCCCCCGGCCUGGUGACCAAUCUGUCAGCGUACGCUCAGAACCACACCUCCGUCAUGGUCACCUGGUACUUGCCACACCGCAUCAACGGCCUCAUCACCAAGUUUGCAGUCAAGGCAAAGCAUGCUCGCACGGGGCAGACCGUCCGAAUGCUGGAGGUCAAUGCAGAGGACAUCAUGACUGGAGCGCUGCCUCACUGCAAUGAUGCAGCUGAUAUCCUGUCUCGUGCGACUCCCAGUCCCUUGGAGAUAACGGCAUCGUCUCCACCCGUCACCCUCUCCGCCGUGCCCCCUGCGGCCGCUUGGAGUGUGCCCAUAUCAGUAGGAGUCGAUCAGCUACGACCUUACACUGCCUAUCUGUUCGAGGUGUCUGCCUUCACUUCUGAUGGAGAGGGACAGAUAGCCUCCACUAUGGUCCGCAUGCCAGAAUCCGCUCCAGAAGAUCCGCCACAAAACUUCUCGAUAUUAAGUAUGACGUCUCGAUCAAUCUCUGUGUCCUGGAACUCUCCCAACAUCAUCACAGGAAGGUUCUCCUACGUGCUCUACUUAUACGGACCUACAGGUUUUUUGUAUGAGAACAGCACAUCAGACAUGCAGUUUGCUUUUACUGGUUUGACCCCCUACACCAAGUACAGAAUAGCCGUCCGGGCAAAAGCAGCUGGAGAGACGGGACCAGCAGCCCACGAUGACAUAAUUACGCCAGCUGAAGCACCCAGCGCAGUGCAGGACCUGGUGGCAAUCGCUGAAGAUUCGGUUUCCAUUCGUGUGAGCUGGAAGAGCCCUGCACAGCCCAACGGUCCCAUUACCCAGUACAGGCUGCUGGUCCUGGUAGAUGAAGCUCUGCUGCAGGACAUCACCCUCACGGGAGAAAUGAAUACAACUGGUUUAUAUGAGGAGGAGACUCUUCCUCCAGAUGCUCUUAACAAUCCGGGGAGACGUAAGAGAGAUGCUGAACUCAGUGCGGUCACCUCCCCGACCACUUUCACGGCCACCGUUUCUGAUCGCACGCUGCUCACUGAGGCGACCGCUUCCAGCUCCACAGACUCCAGACUCAGAAGCACUGAUCUCUUCACUAACACCAAUAUUCAGCCAACCAUUGACCCCAUGGCCACUGACAAGCCCAGCCCCACUUACGACUCUCACAGCGCAGACACUCAGUCGACUGACUCCACUGUCUUUGCAACUUCUGCGCUUUCUCUUACCUCUGUGCCACCUGCUACACUUCCACCCUGGCUGACAAAGCAAUCACAAGCUGGGGGUAUGACUUCAGACUCCUCCCCCUUGGCCCUGACCCCAGGCCAGCUCCGCUUGUCUACACAUGACGCUUCAAUUACAGGACACUUUUCAACACGCAGCGCAGCAGUGUCUGGUACUACAGGUGUGACAGUGAGAGAGGAGGUGCUGGACGUUUUGUCUGAGGAGUUGUCUUACCUGGUGUCGGAUCUGAAUCCCUUCACUGAGUACACGUUCAGGGUCACUGCUUCCACCACUGUGGGAGAAGGUCCUGCUACAGAUAUCACCGAGAAGACCAGGGAGCAGGUCCCCAGCUCAGUGCUCGACGUGUCGUAUGAAAACAUCAGCUCCACCUCCAUCCGGGUGAGCUGGGUCCCGCCACUCAAUCCCAAUGGACGGAUUACACAUUACACCGUUUAUGGUCUCAAACUGCAGACUAACAUGGCACUGAAGUGGGUUUCUAACAGUACCGACAUAUUAAUAACAGAUCUGGACAAGUACACAAGUUAUAAGCUGCGUGUAGCAGCAUCUACAGCUGUGGGAGAGAGCUCUUUGUCUGAGGACGAUGACAUUUUUGUUCUCACUUUAGAGGACGAACCUGACUCCCCACCUGUGAACCUCACCGUGGUUGACACCAGCCCCUCUGCUGCCACGCUGACCUGGUCUGCACCAGAGAGAGCUAACGGGAUGAUCCAGCGUUAUGAGGUCCUGUAUGAGAACGAAUCCUUCUCUGCAAUGAUUAAUACAACCACCAACAGAGUCACUCUGAUCAAUCUGAAACCAUUCUCCUAUUACAACGUGUCUGUGAAGGCGUACACGCGGUACGGCCACGGCAACCAAAUGUCAGACACCUUGUGGCUGCUGUCUGGAGAAGAUGUGCCAGGCAGUCCUCCAUAUGGCCUCGCCUAUGAUGCAGUGAGUCCCAGUGAGGUGAACGUGACCUGGCAACCUCCACUGAUGCCUAACGGGGUCAUUAUUGAAUACAGUCUGGAGCUUUGGAACUCCACUCACUACCUGAACCUCACCUCCAAGAACAACUACAUCCACAUCACGCAUCUGAGGAAGUACGCACAGUACCGUGUCACGGUUCAAGCGCACACACGGGUCGGGCCAGGAAACCACAGCAGUGAGCCACUGAACAUCACCACACUUGAGGAUGUGCCAAGUGACUCGGUCCGAAACUUGUCAGCUCAGAUCUUCAGCUCCACGACCAUCAUCGUGAGUUGGGACCCUCCCCUGGAGCCAAACGGUCGUCCCUUCUACCUGCUCACCCUCCAGGAGGCUGGCAUCUCCCCAGACACAUCCAGCCAAGGGACUCCAGCUGUCAACAAAACGACCAAGCACAAGACAAGUGAAAAUAUCUACCUGUUCACUAGGCUCAGGAAGUAUUUCCCUUAUGUGGUUACUGUUACUCCAGCGACUGAUGCUGGCGCUGCUUACAACCACACCAGCACAAUGUACCUGAGGACCAAGGAAGACAUUCCAAGUUCUGCUCCGUUGCUAGUGUCCACUAGGAACCUGUCUUCAUCCUCCAUCGCUGUGGUGUGGCAACGCCCUCUGGAGGCCAACGGGGAGAUAACAGAGUUUACCCUCACUCUGUUUGGCCCCGGGGGCUCCAACACAACACACACCCCCAACACCUCGUUCAUCCUCACUGACCUCCUUCCAUACACAGCUUACAAUCUCACCAUUACGGCUUCUACGCGCAAAGGCUCAGGGCCUUAUCUGCUGCUGCAGUUACACACUGAUGAAGGCGGCCCCAUGUCCCCUCCCCGUAACCUGACUAUAUACAACCACACGGCAGUCUCUGUGUGGCUGAGCUGGGAGCCUCCUCUGGAGCCCAAUGGAGUGGUGAUAAAGUACGGAUUCCGGAUCCGAGACCUCAUCACACACACCGUCACACAUCGGAAUUCCUCUAGUUCGUCGACCACAGAGUAUCUCUCAGGCUUCAGGCCUCAUAGUUCCUAUGAGAUCAGCGUGUACAGUUACACCAGAAUGGGCCACGGGGAUCAGUUCAGCAGUCCUGUGACCUUCACAACAAAUGAGUCAGUGUCUGAUGCUGUGGGGAACCUGUCUUGCUCAGGAGUGAGCUGGGAUUCAAUUCAGCUGUCUUGGGAGCUGCCAGCCAACCCUAAUGGGCAGAUCCUGUUUUAUGAGAUUCUAGUGGAGGUAGACUCGCAGUCCUUCACCCACCAGACUCACACGGCAGACUACACAGUGACUGGGCUCUCACCAGACCAGGAGUAUGCACUCAAUGUAGCAGCAGUCAACUCUGCAGGACCGGGAGACAGAGUAAACUGUACAGCUUUCACACUUUCUGAAUCAGUCCCAGCUGCCCCUCGCUCCCUCACCAUCUCUCAGGUCGCACCUAACAAUGUGACACUGAGCUGGGCUCGGCCGCUCUCCAUUCCAGGCCUGCUGAAAGAGUACCACGUCGUUGCACAGCUGCUUUCAACUGCUUGUGAAUCAAACAUGCCACUUGCUGCUCAGCCGACCCCAGAGGACGAUCUGGCCUCAGACUGCGUGGACUCUGAUGUCACGGUGUCAGUAAAUGCUUCAGAUGGCUCUGAGGAGAACAGCGUCACACUCCAAUCGCUGGCUAAAUACAGAAACUACCGCUUCAAAGUGGCUGCUGUGACCAACGCCGGAGUCGGAGAAUACACACAGUGGAUUUAUGCAACCACCCUCGCUGGAAACCCUGACGCUCCUCCCCGCGGCUUACAAGUGACCCCCACCUCCAGCGGCCUUUACAUUGCGUGGGACGCUCCAGCUGUUCUCUCUGGACUGACUUCAUAUCUUGUGCAGGUCCAUGGUCCCGAUAUGAACAUCUCAAUAGUGCGGGCUCCUGGAGAGCUGAUGACCGUCAUUGUGACUAACCUGACGGCUUUCACUCGUUACGCUGUGACUGUCACUGCCUUCACGGGUCCAUUGGAGCACGCUGCCAGAGAUGGAAAAGCCGUCGGACCGAUUGACUUCCAAACCCUGGAGGAAGAACCAACAGACCCUCCCAAGAAUGUGACCGUCUCAGUUGUUCCAGAGGAAGUGAACCGUCUGAGGGUGACCUUCAACCCCCCUGAGGCGCCCAAUGGCAACAUCACUGCCUACUUUGUGUACGUGUACGACGACGAUCGGCUGGUAAAGAACGUCAGCGUCACUAUCACCCAAGGAGAGCAUAACACGGUGGCGGCGGUCAUAGAAGGCCUAAAGGGAGGACAAAACUACAGCAUACAGAUUUCAGCGAGGAACGGGGCCGGCACAAGCCCACCCAGCCCACGUGUCCACAUAACUACAGGGAUCAAAGCCCCGGCCAAGCCAACCCAAAGACCCCAGGCAGUGAUGGGCCAUGGAGGGGUUGCCAUGGUAACCCACAGGAGUAUCACCAUCCGCAUGCCUGCCUGUUUCUAUAGUGACGACAAUGGACCAAUCACAAAAAUUCAGGUCAUCGUGGCCGAGUCAUCGGUGAAGGAUAUGGAGAACCUAACCAACUGGAGGACUGCAUUCUUUACUCGUCCUGCCCCUUACCUGACUGAUGCAGGCUUCCCCAAUCCGUCGUGCUCUUUGGGGGACAGGGCAUCACAUAUGAAUCCACAGAGCGGUGGUGGCAGCGUGCCUGGAGACAGCCGGUCAACAAUGACGAAAAAAGAAGUUAUGCAAGGGACCUACGUGAUCGGAGAAAACGAUAAUUGUUUGGAGGAGAACAACACUGAACAUUUCUGCAAUGGACCUCUGAAGUCUAACGUUUUCUAUGUGUUUAGGUUCAGAGCCACUAACAUUAAUGGCCAAUACACAGACUCUGAAUACUCAGAGCUUGUCAAAACUUCAGCGGAUGGGCUGUUGACCAGAGAUGAGCAGAUCAUUCUGGGUGUACUGCUGUCCUUCUUCUUGGCUGUGUUAAUCAUCAUCAUCCUCUGUUGCUCAGUAAAGCUCCAUCAGCGUAAGAAGGAGGGUGGGACUUAUUCACCCAGAGAGGCGGAGAUCAUAGAGACCAAGUGUAAGCUGGAUCAGCUGAUCGCUGUAGCAGAUCUGGAGCUGAAACAAGAAAAACUCAACCGGUAUUCUUCCUUCUUCUUUAGACGGAAAGAGAUUUAUGUCAUCCAGCUGCUCAGCUACAGGAAAUCGCUCAAGCCUGUCAACAAGAAGUCUUUUCUGCAGCAUGUAGAGGAUCUGUGUGCCACUGACAAUGCCAAGUUUCAGGAGGAGUUUGCUGAGCUCCCAAAAUUGCUGCAGGACCUGGCCACCACAGACGCUGACCUACCCUGGAACAAAUCCAAGAAUCGCUUCCCGAACAUCAAGCCCUACAAUAACAACCGAGUGAAGUUGCUGUCAGAACCAGGCACUGCGGGCUCAGACUAUAUCAACGCCAGCUUUGUCUCUGGCUACUUGUGUCCCAAUGAGUUCAUAGCCACCCAGGGUCCUCUGCCCGGCACUGUGGCCGACUUUUGGAGGAUGAUCUGGGAAACAGGAACCCGCACCAUCGCCAUGCUUACGCAGUGUUACGAGAAAGGCAGAAUUCGGUGUCACAAGUACUGGCCCGAGGACAACAAGCCGAUGUCGGUGUUUAGUGACAUUCUCAUCUCAAAAGUGUCAGAGGAAGUCCUUCCUGACUGGACUGUCAGAACCCUGAAAGUAGAAAAGCAUGGACACUACAUUUUGGUCCGCCACUUUAACUACACAUCAUGGCCUGAGCACGGCGUUCCAGAGUCUUGCAGCACACUCAUUAAGUUCGUCAAAGCUGUCCGAGCGCACAGGCACGAAAACACCACUAUAGCGGUCCACUGCAGUGCCGGCGUAGGAAGGACAGGUGUGUUUAUCGCCCUCGAUCACCUCAUCCAGCACGUCAGAGAUCAUGAAUUUGUGGAUAUUUACGGGCUGGUGGCUGAACUGCGCAGCGAGAGGAUGUGUAUGGUGCAGAAUCUGGCUCAGUACAUCUUCCUGCACCAAAGUACGCUGGAGCUGCUGAACAACAAAGGCAAUAGCCAAUCCAUCUGGUUUGUUAGCUAUUCUGCUCUGGAGAAGAUGGACUCCCUGGACGCCAUGGAAGGUGAUGUUGAACUGGAAUGGGAGGAGACCACUAUGUGAAAAUCUGACAGAGGUACACUUGUACCUGCGAGUAUUUUUUCAGGGUCAUCGGUACAUGACCUGUGCGCAGAUCCGCCUCCACCAAGCAGUUAGAGGAUGAAGGCGGAGGAACGGGAGGUGAACACCACAGUCUGAACUGAACGGUCUGUCUGAUGACUAAGACUUUGUUGCUCCACUUCAAACCUUAUUCGCAGCACAGUCCUCUCUUUACUUUACCUCUUGUCCACUUGUUUCCAAAAGAAGGUGAGAGAGACAGAAACUUGGUGGCGUGGUGGGGGGGCAGGGACAAACAAUUUGAGAAACAACAGGGAUAAGAGAGAAGAAGGUGAGCUGAUUGUGAGAGCGCUAUCACAUCUGUAAGCCUGCAGGUACUUUGCACAAAUUGAUUUCACUGUGUAUUGUAAUUAUUUUAUUAUGUUGAUAUCAUCUACGUUUUUUGUAAGAUAAUUUAUUCAGCCAAAAAUGGUAUUGUUGUUGUUGUUUUUUUUUUCAGUCUCUUUGUAACCCUGUCUGUGUCGACGUGUUGUUUAUCCUUCCUCGUGAGUGAUUUGCAAAAAUAAAAGGAACUUGCAUUUUU